CAUUGCAUUGCUCACAUCAGCUGUGGAGGAAAACAAUUAUAUCGGAAUCUGACACAAGUGGCCGUUAAAUCCGGAAAUUAGACGAUUUUUCUGUGUUAGCAAAUAGAGAACCAUGUUCGGCUGGAGCAAAAAGGAAGAGAAGAAGCCGGCAAAACCACGGAGAAAGGCAAACCUUUCGAACCUUGGGCUAUUUGACAUACCUGGAGACUACGACCAAAUGGGUGCUGAUGGAGAUGGUGACACUGACGAUGAAGACCUGGAGGCCGAACUAGCCAAAUUGACCACUGCCGGAGCAGCAAAGCCGCGCCCGAAGAAAAAGCCUCCUCCGGCUGUCGAUUUGGACGCGAUGAUUGCAGCCAGCAUGAAGGACAUCCCUUCAGAUGAGGAAAUUGGCUCUGACGAUGAUGAUCCUGCUCUCUUGGAGGAACUUGGAGAUUUGCUGUCUGACGGAGAUGAAGAUGAAGCUCAGCCAGUUCCCGUUGCACCUCCACGAAAGUCAUCUGCGCCUGCGACACCAGCCCCUACUCCUGCAACCCCAGCUACCUCCAGCGCUGGAAGUUUGGUUGGAAUUCUGGAGGAACGGUUAGACAUGUACAGAAAGGCAGAGGAUGCUGCUAAACAGGCUGGAGAUUCAUCCCGGGCUAGAAGAUUUAACAGAGGGUUCAAAACUUUGACGGAUCAGAUAAAGCAGGCGAAAGCUGGCAGAAAUGUGCCUGAAGACGAAAUUCCACCACCUGUGUCGGUGACAGCUGGAAAUAAGCCUGCAACACCUGCAUCACCUCCUGUUAAAGUGACUGAUGCUUCGCCUGAAGAGAUCAAACCACCGCCCAUUCAAGAGCCACUUCAGCCGACUCGAGCGCCACCUCCUGUUCCACCUGCACCAGUGACUGUUGUACCAAAGGUUGCUGAAGAGAACAGCGCUCUGGUGGAAUUGCAACGAAGACAAAAUCUAUUUAAACAGGCUGCAUUGAGCGCCAAAAGAAGUGGAGACACUGAAUCGGCUGUGAAAUAUUUGAGAAUAUCGAAGCAAUUUGACUCUGUAAUUGCCGCAGUGAAAAGUGGCAAUCCAGUUGAUCUCUCUGAGAUGCCAGAUCCGCCUUCUAGUGAAGCAGCCACCAUCUUUGUAAAACCAGCUGCUCCGAGACCCCCGCAACCUGUUGUGGCUGAAACGCAGGCCUCAAGUGAACCAGCUGAUCCAGAGUCUAUGCCCGAGCCAUUGUCCACGCCAAAGGUCCCCAGUCUGCCGGCUGAGCUGCUUGAGCCUCCUGCUCCAACUUCUGUGGCGGAAGCUCUCAAUCAGCGGUUGGCCAGGUACCAGGCUGAAGAGCAGCUGGCCAAGGAAGCAGGAAACACCAGCAAAGCCAGGAGGAUGGGCCGCAUAACCAAGCAGUACCAGGAUGCCAUUAAAAUGCAUAAAGCGGGGAAACAGAUUCCUGUUGAUGAGCUGCCUACCCCUCCAGGCUAUGCGCCCAUCCCUGUUCCCGGUGCAGCCGCACCUGCAGCUCCCCCUGCACCAGCGCUUCCUGCAGAGGAAGAAACGCCACAUCCCCCAAAAGUCGCAAGGCCGCCGAGACCAGACGUGCCUCAGGCAGAACCGCAGCCGCCACCUCGCAAAAACACGCAGACGAGGCAAGAGAAACAAACAAUGGAGCUGCUUGCCAAGCAGAAGGAAUUUAAAGAAGCUGCGCUUACUGCCAAGAAGCAGGGCGAUCUUGAAGCCGCGCGUGAGCUCCUUCGGCAGGCCAAGGGUUUUGACCUGGUGAUCCAGGCGUCCCAGUCAGGUCUGCCUGUCGACUUCAGCUCUUUGCCCGUUCUACCCAGCUUGAACGACUCCACUGACAGCGAGUUUGAGUACAUCUCGCAAUCAGAAUGCACUGGAGACGAUGCAUCCGAGAUCUACCUCAAAAUCGAAGAGGAUCUUAAGAAGCAGUUAAAACUUUGUAUCGCUACCAGAGAUCAUUUCAAAGCGACUGGUGAUGUUGCUGGAGCAAACAGAUUCGAGCAGCUGGCCUUACAAACCAAAAGAGACUACAGUAUGGUCAAAGCGUGUCAUUUGAGGGGCGAGACUUUGCCUCGAUUCCGCUACGAAAACCGUGCCUUUCAAAUUUUACAAUGCAACACCGACCUUGGCGAGAAUGAUUUGGAGCUCGUAAUUGUGCAGGGCAUUAGCUACACUGUUCCAAAUCCAAAAGAGAUUGACACAUACGUAAAAUUUGAAUUCCCGUUUCCUUCAGAGAAUCCACCCAAAGAUAAGACUGCGUUAAUCAGGGAUACGAACAAUCCUCAAUACAAUCAUAAUUUUACUCUGGCCAUCGCCAGAAAUUCACGACCAUGUCAAAGGAUGUUCAAAAGACACGCCAUCAAGCUUGAAGUUUGGUCCAAAGGUGGGUGCUCCUGGUGUUGUUGCAGGGGAUUCUUGCGGGGCGACACUCUCCUUGGAACAGUACUCGUUAAGCUGUUGCCGUUAGAAACAAAGUGCACUAUUCACGAAACAUUCCCACUUAUGGACGGACGAAAGGCAGUUGGAGGCCAACUAGAAGUCAAAGUUCGCGUGAGGCAUCCGAUCGUAACUCGGCAGGUGGAGCAGCGCCAAGAGCGGUGGAUUGUAGUGGCCCCUGACGAUAAGUAGACGCUUUACUCAUGCUAGACACACCCGGAGAAAUUCCUGCGUGCGUGACGAUUGCGAAUCAUUUUUCACACUCCACUUCUGAAGUCAAGUUUAUUUCGGGAACAGAAAUUCACACUAUAAUAUCAAGGGCCGUGAAAGAGAAAUAUAUCUGGCCAACCUCGAUCCUUAACUUGACGCUGCUAUUUUAAUUUGAUCAUGCCCAGCUUACCCGAGGAGCUUUUCUGCGCUGAGAAUCUUCACAUUCUCAUGUGAUAAACUGUUUUGCAAAACUGCUUUAGACAAUUAAAUUCUUUAUUAUAUAUGGUUACAAAUAAAACUUUAUGUACAAA